CUUCUCCGAGAAGAGGUGUCUCAGCUCCAGGAGGAGGUUCACUUGCUCCGGCAAAUGAAGGAAAUGCUCACGAAAGAUCUGGAAGAGACGCACGGCAGCAAGUCAACGGAGAUCCUCUCCGCCACCGAACUCAAAGUCCAGCUGGCGCAGAAGGAGCAGGAGCUGGCAAGAGCCAAAGAAGCCCUUCAAGCCAUGAAAGCCGACCGAAAGCGUUUGAAGGCGGAGAAGACUGACCUGGUGAGCCAGAUGCAGCAGCUCUACGCUACGCUGGAAAGCCGGGAGGAGCAGCUACGUGACUUCAUCCGGAACUACGAGCAACACAGAAAAGAGAGCGAAGACGCGGUCAAAGCACUGGCGAAAGAAAAGGACCUGCUGGAACGGGAGAAGUGGGAGUUGCGCCGGCAAGCCAAAGAGGCCACGGACCACGCCAGUGCCCUCCGGUCACAGCUGGACUUGAAAGACAACCGAAUGAAGGAACUGGAGGCCGAGCUAGCCAUGGCCAAGCAGUCCUUGGCGACGCUGACGAAGAGCGACCCGAAGCGGCAUCCCUUAGCCAUGCCCGGCGAGACGGUGCUAAACGGAAAUCAGGAAUGGGUGAUGCAGGCCGACCUUCCACUCACGGCCGCCAUCCGACAGAGCCAGCAGACGCUCUACCACUCGCACCCCCAGCAUACGGUAGAUCGGCAAGCCGUCCGAGUGAGCCCGUGCCAUUCCCGGCAGCCUUCCAUCAUCUCCGACGCGUCGGCGGCAGAAGGCGACCGGUCCUCCACGCCGAGCGACAUCAACUCCCCGCGGCACCGAACGCAUUCGCUCUGCAAUGGAGAUAGUCCUGGACCGGUACAGAAAAACUUGCACAACCCAAUUGUCCAGUCUCUAGAGGACCUCGAAGACCAAAAACGGAAAAAGAAGAAAGAGAAAAUGGGAUUUGGAUCCAUCUCUCGGGUGUUUGCCAGAGGGAAGCAACGGAAAUCCCUCGACCCCGGCCUUUUUGAUGGUACUGCCCCCGAUUACUACAUAGAGGAGGAUGCGGACUGGUGACCGCCUGCCCUGCCCUCUCCCGCUUCUGGUGCGUGUGCGUGUGUGGGAGUGUCUGUGUGCGCAAGCAAACGCCGCUAGCCGAACCCAGCGGAUUGCGAGCCGUCGCCUCUUCUGCGUUGCCUCUUCUGUAACCGCUGUACAUAAACCCCCGACGAUCCUGUGUGUGAAUCCCAUUAACUGUCGUCUAUGGAGCGAUGCCAGUCGUGUUGGUGUAGCCUUCCCUGGUUCUGUUCUGGAGGGGAGAGAGGUUUCCCCGGUUUUUUUUUCUCUUCUCUCCCCCAACCCCCUUUUUCGUGUGUAUUUUCCUCCUUUUUACGAAACUUGAAAACUUGAAGGACUGCUGUGUAUUUGUAAAUAACUGAUGACGACAAAAAAAAA